AUGUUUGCGCGGAUACAACGCAUCUACACCCUGAUUUGCAACCGCAUUCGGCGGUUGCUGUUGCCACUACUCCUUAGGCGCGCUCGUAGGUUAUAUCCUCGCAUUCAGCACCAUGUCCGGCGUCUUACGAAUUCGACCGUCAUAAAGACGGCACCCGUCUACGGUCUGUUCGUGGAGGCAGAGGCCAUGCGUUUUGUCGCUGAACAUACUUCUAUCCCUGUACCGAAGAUAUACGAUGUCUGGGCUUCCGAUGACAAGUUCGGCUACCUGGUCAUGGAGUAUAUCGACGGCGACCGCCUUGACAGGAAAUGGCGUUCACUCUCCCAUGACCAAAAAGUUACUGUUAUGCGUAUGCUGCGUGGCUAUGUUGACCAACUGCAUGCAGUCCAGCAACCCGGUGAAGUGGGGUGGAUUGGGUCCGUGUCUGGCCAAGCAUGCCUGGACUUGGCACUAAUUGACGCGCUCAGCGGGCCGUUCGCCAACGAGGAAGAGUACAACGACUGGAGAAUCUCUCUCUUCUCAUGGUACGCCAACGAAAGCCCCAAAGUCAAGCAUCAGUUGGAUGAGAUUCGACAGCAAAUGCGACACGAUCACCGCAUCGUCCUGACGCACGGUGAUAUCGCCCGCAACAAUGUCCUCAUCCGUGUGGAUGGAGAUGGCUCCGACAAUGUUUCCGUCGUCGCGCUUGUUGAUUGGGGUCAAACAGCUUGGCGUCCAGAAUAUUGGGAAGCCCGAAAGUUUUACUGGGUUGCGCCCCAGAACGAUUGGCUUUCCUUGGGUAAAGAACUGCUACUGUCAGGGUAUCAGAAAGAAAUCGAAAUAGAGGAACAACUUUUACUUAUCUCGGGGCCUCCUCGAUAA